CCCAUCGCCCCGGGAGUGUCAGCCUCGCUAUCGACGCUACCGAUAAGGCCUCACGUGCGACCGGCCCGCCUCGACGCAGCUGACUUGCUUACUCCGCAAACCGCUCGGCAGCCGUGGAACUGAACGCUCCUCUAUUCUUGCCGCGUUGCUGCAAGUUCCGUAACCAUAAACGUGCGUCGUUUCCAACGCCACGCGGCUCUUGACCAAUCUCCCACAGGGGGUAUGCGCCAUCACUAUAUAUAAGUGAUGCCAAACCAAACGGCAAGCUACGGGAAAAACUGCGAAGGACUUCAGUUCUCAUGCGAUCUUGUCUUUCCUCAAACAGCCAGCGCCCUUGCGUUAUGUGCGCUCUAACUUACGGUAGCGUACGCCAUCUUCCUAAGACGUGACGUCAUCAGCGACGAAUACGUGUGUGGCACGCCCACUGCUGAUGAAAGAGCCACGAUUCUAGCAACAUCAUGGAUCCACGGACGUGGUCAGCUGGCAGGGGCGUCUGGCUCGCCCUCUUGUUUGAUGUGACGCUAGCUAAUUCCGUUAACAUAGUGCGUCGCUUGGGGGUCGACCACGACUACACAUGGGAUGACUUCAACAAGACUCCCGAGGCCAAAAUGGGGGCCAUCGUGUUUGCGAUCCUGGUCGUGGUUGCCUUACUGUUCGUGUGCUGGUGCUCAUGCGCUAGGAGGUCGCGCGAAGAGGAAGCACAGCAGCCGCUCGUACCUUCUCCAAGGGCGCCGGCCGCGCCCGGCCCAGCUGUGCGCAGCUACACGCAGCAGCCGGUACCGUGCGCAAUGGCAUCUCCGGUCGCCCCGUACCCGCAGCCGUACUACUACCAGCAGCAGGCGCCACCUUACCCGCAAGAGGCCAUCUACGUUGGCCACAACAUGGCGCCCUACGCAGAGCCACCCACGGUGCCUACGCAACGGCCGUCGGCACCGAUAGUCCCAUCGUCUAUAAUGCCACCACCGCCACCGCCUACAUACAUCUAUCCACCGCAAUAUGCUCAAUGAAACGUCGCAGCAGCCACGAACGAUACGGGCGCUGGACACUGACUGAACCGGGUGCUGCGGAGAAUCCCGGACUGCAUCGACACUUUGUUUACGGCAACGCCUGAAGGACAGAUACGAACUCUCGAGAACGCCCCCAUACCCCAAGUGUACAAGUGCUGUGUAACCAUUGUGAUGAUGACGGUCGGCGCGUACUGUGCAUAAUAUAACGCGCCUAAUAGCGUGACAUGUAUGCAGUGCAAAAUGAUAACGUCAGCGUGAGAAUGAGCGCUUGUGCGCCCUGUGCGUGAUGCGGGUGCGUUUUUCGGCGCUCCCAAGCUUCUACCACGACGGCGCGUAGUGGCUCACACAAUUUAAAGACGGAAACAUGCAACAAGUAAACUACCGCAAAGGAACACGCCUACACGCACGCGACACACCUACCUCAAGGCUUGGUUAAUUCUUCAGCAUCGCUGAGAGGUUGAACAGACGACAGGGCGUCGUGACACCUGGGUCGAGAAUAGCUAGAACAUCGGAGGUGCAAACGUUAAGUGCAGACGCAAAAGAAGACGCGAAGAAUACAGGCAACAGAUAACACAUUAAAGCAAUUGACGUUAGUACUAAACGAAAGCUACAACAGUUGACGGUUCUAUAUCAGCUUUCACUAUCUGGUGUUCCUUAACGUUCACCUCUCGGCACAUUCACGUUCGCACUCUGCCCCAUUAUUUCAAAAGCAUCGAAUCUCGACUAGCACAAACAUUCUGUGUAAAAAAUUAGCGUUAGUUAUAGACACUCAUAUGAAACAGAAGUUAUCCUUGUUCUUAGAUAAAUACGUCCAUAAAGAAUACUCGUACAACCCCCGGCAUACCACUUAUAACAAAAAAAAAAGAUCCGCACUAACUACGGUUCACAAAAUUUAUCAUACCAGAUUACUAACUUCUUGAAUAAACAGGAAACAGCUAUGACCGUUAUUACAGAAGAUAUCUCAGCGCAAGCAUUUAAAGAGAACAUAAGCAGAUACCUUCUUGGCACACAAUGUUGAAAUGUUUUUCGCUUUUUCUCUCGGGGUGUCCAUUCAUUAAUAAAGUUUCUUCUCUCUCUAGGAGUGUUAAGUGAGCACGAAAUGUUGGUUCAGUUGUAAGGUUCGUUUUUUUAUUGUUCCUGUUUAUUUGUUUUGGCCGAUUUUUCUGUACUACAUGAAACAAAUAUCAUUCGUUCAUAGCUGUGCAUUAAUCGCGAUGGAGAUGAGUCUGGCCCGAAAUUUUGCAAAAGGAUAGACAGUUGGGCGAGCUGGUAUGGUAACAUGAUUUUUGGCUUCUAGCGCGAAGUGAACUAGAAAGGAGCAGACAGUACGAGCGCUAACUCUCAACUAUAUCUUUAUUGAAACGAAGAACAUAUAUAUAGGUGAUUGCAAAAACCGUAGCAUAAGAACAUGACAUGGUACAAACAUCAGUUAAACAUAUCAGGGGGUAUGGAAGUCAAAGAACAAAAAUUAUUUCAGAUUAGUACACGUAUUGCGAAGGUACUUAAAUUCGCAAUCUAACAGAGACAACGAAGCAUGACUGACGCAAGUGUCUCCUGAUCUUUUUAUGUGGAAAGCCUCGAUAAUUUUCCGCGUGGUUUGGCAUCUGUGUCUAGAAAGAAUUUUUGUGUCUUCAAAUAAAGGUUUCAACUGA